AUGACAGAUCUACAGGGAUCCACAGAGACUCAGCAAGUACUGGUGCCCUACUACUACUACUACCCCUACCAGGGUUAUUCUCGUCUGAGGGGAGAAGGGGGGUCUGUCCAUGUGCUGCUCUCACACUGGAGCUGCCCACGCGCUCCACUGCUCAGUCUGUUCUGUGCCCACCGCAGGCCCCUCACCAUGGGCUGCUGUUACAGUAAAGAGCUACAGCCCCCCGACGAGACGAGCGGCCUGCUGAACACCCCCGAGCCCAUCACCCAGGACCGACUGAAGCAGAGCGCGCUGGGAAUCCUCCAACACGCGGACCGCAUCAUCACCACGCCAACGAAACAUCAGCCCCAACCCAACGGGAGUGCUCAGCAGGCUAUUCUUAUCUCCACCGGCCCCUCCAAAGACAGCCACAGUAACAGCAAACUCAACACAGCACCGACUGCUUCUGCGGCAACAAGUGCCGGAGUGGAGGAUCCUACAGAACAAGCAAAAGUACAGAGUUCAACAGAACCAACUAGUAAGGGCAUAUAUACCAUCAUAUACCAGGAGACACUUGCCAAAGACCCACGGAGAACAACGGACAGCUCUUCUAACACUCCUGUGCUGCGGUGUGAGAGUGUGGUCCCACAGGAAAGUCCUCGGCCGCAUGGUGAGGUGUGCGCUGUGACCGCUGCGCUCGGAGAGGGCUUUGAAAAGAGAACACAGACGUUCUACAGCCUCUGCUCCAUUGACGCAGACGAACUGGACCCAGACUGUCCAUUCAAAUCCUCUGAAAAACACGCUCUUCUUCUCAAAGAUGAGGAGCCGCUUCUGAAUACAGAUGUGAAGAUCAGAGAGGUGGAGGUCCCAGAGGUGGAGGUCCCAGAGGUGGAGGUCCCAGAGGUGGUGGUCCCAGAGGUGGAGGUUCCAGAGGUGGUGGUUCCAGAGGUGGUGGUUCCAGAGGUGGUGGUUCCAGAGGUGGAGGUCCCAGAGGUGGUGGUCUCAGAGGUGGAGGUUCCAGAGGUGGUGGUCCCAGAGGUGGAGGUCUCAGAGGCGAUUGUCCCAGAGGUGGUGGUCUCAGAGGUGGAGUUUCCAGAGGUGGAAGUUGCAAAGGUGGAGGUCUCAGAGGUGGUGGUCCCAGAGGUGGAGGUCUCAGAGGUGGUGGUCCCAGAGGUGGAGGUCUCACAGGUGGUUGUUCCAGAGGUGGAGGUCUCAGAGGUGGUGGUCCCAGAGGUGGAGGUCUCACAGGUGGUUGUUCCAGAGGUGGAAGUCUCAGAGGUGGUGGUCCCAGAGGUGGUGGUCUCAGAGGUGGUGGUUCCAGAGGUGGAGGUCUCAGAGGUGGUGGUUUCAGAGGUGGAGGUCUCAGAGGUGGAGGUCUCAGAGGUAGAGGUUCCAGAGGUGGAGGUUCCAGAGGUGGAGGUUCCAGAGGUGGAGGUUCCAGAGGUGGAGGUUCCAGAGGUGGAGGUCUCAGAGGUGGAAGUGGCAGAGGUGGACCCAGGGCAGAUUGACGUCCAUGCCUCUACUCCUUCCUAUGAGAUACACUGUGUGGGGGCCUCCACAGCGCCCCCGGAGGAGGAGUGUGGGAUGAGGCACAUGGUCUCAGAGCUGCUGGGGGAUGAGGAGCACUCCCCUCUGUGUCAGCUUUACCCACACACAUGGAUCAAACUGGGGCUGGAACAGAACAGUGGGGGCUGGGCACAGGGGCUGACCUCACCCCAUACCCCACACUUCAGCCCCCAGCCUGGGCCUCUUGCAGAGCUCCUCCCUGCCUCUGUGAUGGAGCUCCAGCCCUCCAUGGCUCUGCUUGGGGCCUUUCCCUACAGCACGGUGACCCCACAGGGAGGCUGCAUCUGGGACUGGCACACGGGGAACGGGCCAGUGCCUAAAACCACCCUGAAUCCUGAGGCCAAGGCUUGGGCUGGAGCCAGUUUCACCUUCCACACUGACCUACCGGAGCUACAGUGGGACCAGUACAGCACAGUCCUGCCCCAGCACAACGGUUUGGCUCCGGACAUGUGCCUGGACCCUAUGGGGCUGUGUGAGGCCGUUUAUGACCCUUCUCUUCAGAUGGAGGCCUUCUGUUCAGAGACAUCAGUGAACAGAGAGGCUGUAGCUCCGCCCCCUAAGCUGGCCCCACCCACUGUCUCAGAUGCAGUCAGAGAGCAGUUACAGAGUGUCCUGGAGUCCUGCCUCACCAGGGAGCACCUGAGUAAUGACCUGUACCUGAAGUCUCAGAUGGACAGUGACCAGUACCUUCCCAUCUCCACUCUGAUCAGUCUGGACAAAGUCAAAUGUGUUAGUACUGACGUGGAACUGAUCGCCGACAUCCUCAAGUCCUUGCCACUGGUGCAGGUCGCCCCCUGUGGGCAGAAGUUCAGACCUCAGCAGAGCAGAUGUGUGGUCAUCCUCAGGGAGAUCCCUCAGAGCACUGCAGUAGAGGAGGUGCAGGCGCUCUUCAACACUGACAAACUUCCCAAGUUUCAGAGCUGUGAGUUUGUGAGCAACGACAACUGGUUUGUGACAUUUGAGUCUGAGGCCGACGCUGAACAGGCGUACCGGUACCUGCGAGAGGAGGUGCAAGAGUUCCAGGGGAAGCCUCUCAUGGUGCGGAUAAAAGCCAAAACUAUGGCAGUCAUGAGCUACGGCCCCAAACCCAACGGUUUCAGAUGUGUUCCUAAGGAAACCUGCCUCGAACCCUACUCCUACUACCCCCAGGACUGCUCCGAGCUGCCCCAGCAACUGUACGACUGCACGAGCACCGUGUGGACCACCUCAGAGCUGGGUUAUCAGGACAGACAGAUAUCAUCAGACCUGUUGCAUGAUUUUGUGAAUGGAGCUUCAGCGGCAGCCAUCUUUAGACCGUUUAACUCCUACAAACAGAGGAGGGGCUCCCGCUGGUCUCAGUCGGACCAGAAACCAGACUUCAGGUCAGACCAGAGACCAGACUUCAGGUCAGAGCGGAGAUCAGACUACCAGGCUGAGCAGCGACUGGACCACAGAGCAGAGAACAGACCAGAGCGCUUCAGAGGUCGUGGCCGAGGCAGACGUGGCGUCAGAGGAGGACGAGGCAGCGACUCCGCAGAGUGCAGCAGGAGAGGAACCUUCAGUCAGAGAAGGAGGGAGAACCUGAACAGUGACAGAUGCAGUCCUCCAGAGGCCUCUGCUCCUUCUCCUCCUCCAGAGCUCAGCCUGACCAGCUUUCCCCCUCUCAGCUCCUCGUCUGCUCCUCCUAACGUGAAGAUCCCAGAAAUCCAGUCUGCUCCACCGCUGCUGCAGGGAGCGUGGAACUCCUCCCACAAGCUGAAGGAGGAGGAUCAGAGACACAGCUCAGUCCAAUCGUCUCCAGAGUCUCCUGCUCGCUCUCUGCUCUCUGAGGAGACCAAGAAACUGAGCUACGCACAGAUCUGCCAGAAGUCCUCCAGAGACACCUCUCCAGUGUCCCUCAGAAACAACCCCCAACCCCCCACUGAUCCCACCCUGACGCAGCCAGCAGGGGGCUCCACAGAGGUGUUUGUGCCCUCGUACCCGGGGCAGGAGCCAGAGCUCUAA